GUGAACGUUACCAUCGAUAUCGUUCUUCUCGGCCUUUCUCUGGAGCAACCCCCCCCCCACUCCAGCCAGAGGGGCAACGUAGGUGGAUAGCAAAUCUGCAUCCUCCUGUUAGAGAAGGAGACAUCUAUGGCCCAUGGAGCCUCAAGGAAUUGUCAAAGCUUUCCGCAAACGAAAGAAGUUGAGAGAAAAUGUACACACUGUGCCUUUAAAGAUUUGGAAAGAAGAAACCAAGAAUCAGCAAGGGUGGUUGGAGCCAAUCACAGCUUAUGUGUUGCAAGCAGGAAUUGGCCAGGCCAGAGCUGAGAUCUUCUGUAAGCAGAUUAUUCACAACGGAGGACAUAUCUGCAGCCAGCUUUCCUCAGAUGUGACACAUGUAAUAGUGGAUGAAGACAUGGAUUUUGAUAGGGCUUUUCGGCUCCUUAAACUCAAAAAGUUACCUCAGGAUUUGCAACUGGUUAAGGCAUCAUGGCUGAGUUCUUGUAUUACAGUACAGAAGAUCUUGAACACUACUGACUAUAGACUCAUCAUCCCAGAGAAAUAUCUGGAUGAGACAGGCUUUUCAAUGGAACAGUCACCAUUACAAGAUGAGGAUAAGGUUCACCCCAAAGCAGAGAACACAGUUAUGGAACUAAAAGAAGAAUCAAACACCGAGAUCAGCUCUUUCUGUGAUACUGUACAGAGCAUGUUAGGUGAUGAAGAAAUUGAAGAGGACAAAGCUGUUGUCACUCUGCAAGAACUGAAGGCACUGAGGUCAGGUCAGGACCUGAACACUUCGUCAGAAGGCUCAUCAGCGGGCAUUUUCCCUGGCAAGUGGGUUUGCGCUCAGUCUUCUGAAAGCAAGAAAACUAAUCAUAAUCAGUACAUUACAGAGAAGCUGGAAGUGCUGGCUAAAGCCUACUCUGUCCAAGGAGACAAGUGGAGGGGUCUAAGCUACUCGAAAGCUAUUAAUGCGCUCAAGAGUUAUCAUAAACCUGUUACAUCAUUUCAGGAAGCCUGUAAGAUUCCUGGAAUUGGAAAACAGAUGGCAGAAAAGAUUGUAGAAAUCCUGGAGAGUGGGCACCUUCGAAAACUUGACCACAUCAGUGACAGUGUCUCCGUGCUAGAAUUAUUUUCCAAUAUAUGGGGAGCAGGAGUAAAGACUAGCCAGAUGUGGUACCAGCAGGGUUUUCGCACUCUGCAUGACAUCCGCACUAGGGCCUCUCUCACCAGCCAGCAAGCUAUCGGCCUUAAGUAUUAUGAGGACUUCUUGGAGCGCAUGCCAAGGCAGGAAGCUGCUGAAAUUGAACAGACUGAAGUCUUUAAUAGAUUCCCAAUAUGUUAUGCCAAUCCUUCUCUAAAUAAUUCUCAGGUUAGAAAAGCAGCUCAGUCUAUUAUAUCUGAACUAGUGUGUAUAGCAUGUGGCUCUUUCCGGCGUGGAAAAUCUACUUGUGGAGAUGUGGAUGUACUGGUGACUCAUCCUGAUGGACACUCCCACCAAGGAGUAUUCAGCAAACUGCUCAACGUUCUUCAUAAAAGUGGCUUUCUCACGGAUGACUUGGUGAAACAGGAAGACAAUGGCAUCCAGCAGAAGUACCUCGGAGUCUGCCGUUUGCCAGGCCCAGACAGGCACCACAGACGCCUUGACAUCAUUGUGGUCCCCUACAGAGAGUUUGCCUGUGCUUUGUUGUAUUUCACAGGCUCAGCCCACUUCAACCGCUCCAUGCGAGCCCUGGCCAGGACUAAAGGCAUGAGCCUGUCAGAGCACGCCCUCUGCAGUGGUGUAGUGCGAGGACCAGAGGGCCUCAAAACCGGAUCUGGGAUUGUCCUGUCCACGCCUACUGAAAAGGAUGUGUUUGCACAUCUGGGGUUGCCUUACCGGGAGCCACAUGAGAGGGACUGGUAAAGACAAGAAAAGAAGUAGUCCCAGUUAGCUUCAGGGAGAUAUGGGGACUUGCAUAAGAUUUUCAAACAUACCAUAUGUCCUUUGCUUGUUUUCCUUGAGGUAUAUUUGCAAACCAAAGGACUUGGUGAGCAGCUUAUAAUUUUUCCUCAUUGUGAAAAUUCCAAGAUCUUUAAAGUCUUUUAUUAGCUUUGAAAGAUUUCAGUGAGAGGAAAAAACUAUGGACAAAUCAGCUCAUUCAGUUAGCAAUUCCAAGAAUGAGAGACUGCUAUUGUAAAUCUUUUUUGCACAUUAAAAAAGCAAUUACAGGGAGACCUUGACUUACAACAGUUCUUUUAGUGACUGUUCAAAGUUACAAUGGCAUUGAAAAAAGUGACUUAUGAUCGUUUUUCACACUUAUGACCAUUGCAGCAUCCCCAUGGUCACCUGAUCAAAAU